CUUCCAAAGAUUCAACAUAUUAUUCAGCGUAUCCACGAACCUCGGCAAGUUUUGCGGGGAGACCGAGCUAUGUUACAGCUAUGCUACGCUAGAAUAGCUCCGAGGUCCUAAGGCAUUGGAUCAUUAUCGAUAGGACGGACUCCAAGACAUCGAGCCAUCUCAUCUAUUGUCCGUCAGCCAUUAUAAACUUCUCCUAUUAAUGAUAAACAAUUGAAUCGAUUCUAUUUCGUUUGACUUGAAUUGCGUUUUUUGGUGCUAAGUAAAGCUUUUAUAAAUCCUCUUGCCUGUAACUCCAACAUUCAUUAUUUGACCCGAACCGAUUUCCCCCGGACGUAUCAACCAUGGCCGACGAAACAGCCCUCCACGACUUUCCCUCGCUCUUCUCCCUCAAGGGAAAAGUCGCCGUCGUAACCGGCGGCUCGCGAGGUCUUGGUUUAAAUGCAGCAUCUGCCUUCCUCCAAGCCGGCUGCACCAAAGUCUUCAUCACCUCCCGCAAAGCCAGCGUCUGCGACCAAGCCGUCGCGCAACUAAACAAGCUCCCGAACCUGCAACCGGGCGCCCUCGCCAUCUCCGUCCCAGCCGACAGCAGCACCCUCGCCGGGAUCGAGUCCCUCGUCUCACAAGUAUCAAAGCACACACCGCACGUGGACAUUCUCUUCGCGAACGCAGGCGCGACAUGGGGCGAGCGCUUCGACACGCACCCCGACGCGGCCUUCCAGAAAGUCAUGGACCUAAACGUGAAGUCCAUCUUCCUCUCCGUGCAGAAAUUCGCGCCUUUACUACAGAAGCGGGCGACGCUCGAGGACCCGAGCCGCGUGAUCAUCACGGCGAGCACGGCGGGGCUAGGCGUCGGGACGUUAGGCAAACAAGCUACGUUCGGGUACAGCGCGAGCAAGGCUGCUGCGAUCCAUCUAGGCCGCAACUUGGCGGUUGAUUUGGGGCCGAGACAUAUUCUUGUGAACUCGAUCUGCCCUGGCUUCUUCCCGACGAAGAUGGCAAACGGGUUGAUUGAGAUGUCCGGCGGCGCGGACCUGCAUGCCUCGUUGAGCCCGGCGAAGCGGUUGGGACGGCCGGAGGAUAUUGCGGGUGUGGUUGUUUAUCUCUCGAGCCGGGCGGGAGCGCAUGUCAAUGGUGCGACUAUAGAGAUUGACGGCGGUUCUCUGUGGAAUACUGGUUCCUUGUUGCUAGCUGGGUUGGACGCUAAGCUAUGAUCUGUAUAAAAUGGAAAUAGGUAUAGGGAGUUAGGUUAGGUAGGAAAUAUGUAGGAUCGAUAUUAUGCCAAUAUGCUUUCAUAUUAUCAUAUAUUUGUUCAAUGCUAAAUAGUAGAC